UUGGGGUCGAAUAAAGAGGAAUUUAUAGAGGGAGAGAGAGAGCGAAAAUGAAGUUCAACCCAAGAGUCUCCAGCAGCCGUAGAAAGAGCCGUAAGGCUCAUUUCACGGCGCCAUCAAGCGUCCGCCGUGUCUUAAUGAGCGCACCACUCUCCGCCGAUCUCCGAUCCAAGUACAACGUCCGUUCAAUGCCUGUUCGCAAAGACGACGAAGUUCAGGUUGUUCGUGGAACAUUCAAAGGCCGUGAAGGUAAGGUUACUCAGGUUUACCGUCGCAAGUGGGUGAUUCACAUUGAACGCAUCACAAGGGAGAAGGUGAAUGGAUCCACCGUUAAUGUUGGUGUUAAUCCUUCAAAGGUUGUUAUCACUAAGCUCAGAUUGGAUAAGGAUCGUAAGUCGCUUCUUGAUCGUAAGGCUAAGGGUCGUGCUGCUGCUGAUAAGGAGAAGGGUACUAAGUUUGCUCCUGAGGAUAUUAUGCAGACCGUUGAUUAGGGUUCUUCAAUCUUAAUUUCUGUUUUUUUUUUUUUAUUAUUAUUCUGGUUUUGGAAAACUAGUAUAUCGAAAUUCUGUUUAAUUUUGUCCUGUUUUAAUGUUAAGCAAACUUUUUGAUAUAUCUAUUAGAUUUUAUUAUGUUGUUUCUGAUGAAUGAAUUCAUAAUGCCUAGCAUAUAUAUA